GCCGCGCGCGUCCCGCAUGGCCCCGGCCCGGCUGCCCGCGGCGCUGCCCCGCGUCAUGCGCCUGCUCCGCUUCCAGCGCCNNGGGCGGCGGCCCCGGCUGGGGCUGCAGGAGGACGAGGGCGGGGACGUGGUGGAUCUCAGCGAGGCCGAGCCCGCGCUGCCCCGCUCCAUGCGGGCCUUCCUGGAGAGCGGCGAGCACGGGCUGGCGGCUGCCCGCAGAGCGCUGGCCUCCGGCCGGCACCGUUUGCCCCGGGCGGGAUUGCGGCUGUUGGCGCCCAUCGACGACCCCGAGAAGGUGAUCUGCGUGGGGCUGAACUACCGUGACCACUGCCUGGAGCAGGACGUCAAGGUGCCCAAGGAGCCGCUCAUCUUCAGCAAGUUCCCCAGCGCCAUCGUCGGGCCCUUCGAUGACAUCGUGCACCCGGCCGAGAGCAGCGAGGUGGACUGGGAGGUGGAGUUGGCUGCCAUCAUCGGGAAGACGGGGCGGCACGUCCAGGAAUCAGAGGCUAUGGAGCAUAUUGUGGGCUUCACUGUGGCCAACGAUGUUAGUGCUCGGGACUGGCAGAUGCGCAGAAAUGGGAGGCAAUGGCUGCUGGGGAAGACCUUUGACACCUUCUGUCCCAUAGGACCGGCUAUCGUCACCAAGGACUCAGUGACAGAUGUCCACAACCUGCGCAUCCGCUGCAGUGUCAAUGGGCAGCUAAUGCAGAGCAGCAGCACCAACCAGCUGGUCUUCAGGCUGCCCCAGCUCAUCGCCUGGGUGUCCCAGUUUGUCACGCUGCGCCCUGGAGAUGUCCUGCUGACGGGAACCCCUCCCGGUGUGGGGGUUUUCAGGAAGCCCCCCGUGUUUCUCAAGCAAGGUGACGAGGUGCAGUGCGAGAUUGAGGAACUGGGCACCAUCUGCAACAAGGUGGUGUGAAGACCGAGCCUCCACCUCAGACCUCCCGUGCCUUGCCGCAAUGGCUCUCAAUAAAUCUGCACCAGGAGA